GGUCGAUUGGGUGGCAGGUUGGCUGCCUCCAGCUACAGCUAGUACUAGUACCUUGGGCAAGCUGGCAAGCGGCCGCGCCGCACCAGCCCACGUCCUCGCCCGCCCGCCCGCCCGCCGCAAUGCCGCAGCCGUUCGCGCACCUCGUGGCCGCCGCCCGUCCCGCGCCCCCGAAGAUCCACGCCGGAGCAGCCAGCCCGAGCUAUCCACCCGUCCACCGGGCCGCGGCGCUUCGCCGGGCGCCGCUCGCCGCGGCCGGGCGGCGCGCGUACCGUCCCCUCGCCGUCUCCGCCCAAUCCGCCAGCCCCGCCGCCGGCUUGAGGCUGGAGCAUGAAUUCUACCAAGUGAAGAUGAAGGUGCGCGACUAUGAACUUGACCAGUACGGUGUUGUUAAUAAUGCAGUCUAUGCUAGCUACUGCCAACAUGGUCGCCACGAGCUGCUUGAGAGUGUAGGCAUCAGUGCAGAUGCAGUGGCGCGCAGCGGUGAGUCAUUGGCCCUCUCUGAGCUGCACCUCAAGUACUUCGCUCCUUUGAGGACUGGUGACAAGUUUGUUGUUAAGGUGAGGCUUGCGAGCAUCAAAGGUGUACGGAUGAUAUUUGAGCACAUCAUUGAGAAGCUGCCUAAUGGUGAGCAAAUUCUGGAGGCAAAGGCAACAGCUGUUUGUCUGAACAAAGACUACCGUCCUUCCCGCAUACCUCCUGAACUAUUGUCCAAGCUGCAGCUCUACUUAUCAAAGGACAGCGAAGGUUCAAGUGACGAUGCAGACAAUCGCAAAAACAGUUGCAGCUAAUUUUGGAGGCAAAGACAACGGCCGUUUGUCUGAGAAAUAGAGUACCAUCCUAUCUCCAGACUUGUUAUCCAAGCUGCAGUCUUUUCAUACAAGGACAGAAGAGUUUGGGGGUUUCAGCAAUUGCGUUAAUAAUCGCAAUAGCAGUUGCAGCUAAUCGUGGAGGCAAAGAUUCAGUCAUUUUGUCUGAAGAAAAAUAUUACAGUUCUACUGGUGCAUCUCCAGAAUUGUAUCCAAGUUACAGCUCUUCAGCACAUUAGCAGAGGCUCGUAGUAAAAGAAGAGCUACAGUCCAUGUGCACUAUAACUUUGUGUGUAAUUGUUGUCUGAUGCAUUUGAUUUGGGGGACUGCAAUGGAUAUUUUUAGUAAAUAAAGUUUGUUUGAUACUGGUGGAUGCAGUAUUUCCAUA